UAGCCGGACGCGGAAGAGAGGCGCCGGACCACGCAUGCGCAGAGGCGAUUCGGCGCCAUCACGCUCGCACGCCGGUCCGGGUGUCUCCCUCCCUCGCCGUCGCUCCCUGCCGGAUUUUCUCGCCAAAAUGACCGACAAGGAAGCCGCCAAGGUAGGGGAUGGUGGUGGGCCUGCGCCUGUGUGUGCGGUUCCCGACCUCCCGACGACAGUGGCGGUGGCUGAGGUUACACCUGUGACCCGCCUGCAAGAUACCUUUGAUGAUGCAGUAGAGGAGAGAGUCAUCAAUGAGGAGUACAAGAUAUGGAAGAAAAACACCCCCUUUCUGUACGACCUGGUGAUGACCCAUGCUUUGGAAUGGCCCUCCCUCACUGCCCAGUGGCUGCCUGAUGUUACAAGGUGAGUGCAACUGAGGGUAUGAGAGAGAUAAA